AUGACCGUCGAGACUGUCACUCCAGCCAUCAAGGCAUCCAUCAACUUCGGCCCUAUCAAAGGUCAAUCAAAGACGAAAAAGGACCUUAAACACCUUCGACCUCACACGCAUAUCUCAUCAAACUUCGACGACCUCAAAUUCAACGCCGCGGCAUCCCUCCAACUCCAAUGGUCACAAGAAGAGCAGCUAUCUACCCCUUCAACAAUCGCAGAUACACGACUCAUCGCCUCUCCAUACAACGACGCCCCCCAUCUCCUAGAUGUAGAGACCCUAGACACCCAGAGUCGUCUCCUAGCACUAGCACUGUCAUUUUUCAAACCUGUCCGAGACGACUAUGCGACGGGUGAUUAUCUUGAGUCAUUCAACUGGAACGAGGUCUUCGACCUGGUGAAAGCUUUUGCGCAAGCAGAGGGUCAUGUCUGGACGAGACAGUCGUUCUAUGUUGUCUCUUUCCGAUCUAAACUUCAGCCGGGCGUGGAUAAUGGUCAUCUUCAUGCUUUGGACGCGUAUUCGCAUCAGGAAGCUAUUGCCAGUGGGGGCUUGCUGAAGUAUUGGUUCGGUACGAAGAAUGAGGAGAGACGAAAUUUGGCAACUUGCAUUUGGCGCACCAGAGAAGACGCUAGACUUGGGGGUCGGGGACCUUGGCAUGCGAAGGCGAGAGCUGCGGCGAGGGAGUUGUAUGAAUCGAUUGUCUUUUCUACGAUGGAAUUGGUUAUUGAGGAUGGCGUCAAGUCUUGGCAUAUCGGCGAGUGGAAAGAUGGACACGCAUGA